AUGUCAGUGAAGUAUGAAGACCUCCAGUACUUGGAGAGUGAGAAGAAAAGCCAGGGGGUUAUAGAUGGGCUGCCUGCCCUCAAGACCUUCCUGCAGCGGCUCCUCUCCAGCACCCGCUCCUUCCUGCUCUCCCUGGGCCUCAGCCUCCUCCUGCUGGUCGGCAUCUGUGUGAUCGCAUCCCAAAAUUCCAAGUUUCAGAGGGACCUGGCAACCCUGAGAACAACUUUCAGCAACUUCACUUCAAACACUACAGCUGAGGUCCAGGCACUGAAAUCCCAGGGUGAGCCUGGUGGAAGUUUGCAGGAAAUGAUAACAUCUCUGAAAGCUGAGGUGGAAAGUCACAAGCAGGAACUGCAAGCAGCCCGUAACUUGAAUGACAAGGUGCUUUCUCUGGAGAGCAGCCUGGAGAACCAGCUGCAGGAACUCAAAGCAGGUUAUUCCGAAAUGCUCUUGCGAGUCCAACAGCUGGUCAAGAACCUGAACUCCCUGACCUGCAACAUGCCUGCUCUCAAGAGCAAUGGCUCGCAAAACAACUGCUGUCCUACCAAUUGGCUGGAGCAUGAAGGCAAAUGCUACUGGUUCUCUUCCUCGGGGAAGCCCUGGCCCGAGGCUGAGAAGCACUGCCAGCUGGAGGACGCCUACCUGGUGGUCAUCAACUCCAGAGAGGAACAGGAUUUUGUCCAGGCCCAUAUAGGCUCCUCCUACACCUGGAUGGGCCUCAGUGAUCUGGAUGGAGUCUGGAAAUGGGCGGAUGGAACGGACUAUGAGACCAACUUCAAGAACUGGAAGCCAGGCCAGCCGGACGACUGGCAAGGGCACGGGCUGGGUGGGGGCGAGGACUGUGCCCACUUCCACCCCGAUGGCAAGUGGAAUGACGACGCGUGCCAGAGACCCUACCACUGGAUCUGCGAGGCUGGGCUGAGCAAGGGCAGCUAG